AUGGACAACGUACGAGCAUAUGGUGCUGGAUUGGCCGGAGGGCAGUUCGACGCUAAUGUCUUCUUCAAAAAGCCGACUGUCAUUUUUAGGACAAUCGCUUUGGUGUUAGCUGCGCUUUUAUGGUUUAGCAUCUCGAAAGGCGGUUGGCAUCGACUAAGUGGAAGUUCACAUCAUCAGGUUUGUCUCUACGGUAGCAGUGCCUCGACGUGCUCUUUUGCCUCAGCGCUAGGAUUCUUUUCAUUGGUUGGUGCUGCAGCGCUGCUUUUGUUGGAUGCACGUCUUGAAAGUAUUUCUUCGGUUCCAUCCAGAAAACGAUUCGUCACUGGCGAUUUGACUGUAUCAUCUGUGUUCACUGGUAUAUUCCUUAUCGCUUUCUUCACGCUUUGGAAUAAAUUCUCAUCAUUCGAUCUUGACGAGCCGUACUCAUCAGGAUAUGCCAAAUUUGGGAUUUUAUUGGCAUUUCUAUCGACUUUAGCCUGGGGAGGUGCAGCUUUCUUCUCUUGGAGAAGAUAUGAAGAAGGUGCGAUAACAGCACUAACGUCUAACUUCGACAACGAAUUCAAUGGUUUAGAUGGUGAAGUACGAGAAGGUUAUGGCUAUGGUGGCAGCUCUGAGGGAGUGGGCGCUAUUGGAGUUUCGAAUAUUUCGUAUCAAGCUGGAGCACCACCGUUACUACCGACUAAUCCGAAUCCUUUUGUUGGCACUGAAGGCUACGGUUAUUAA